CUUCCUGGCUGGAAACAACUGUACUCUCCAAUCUGCAAUCGUGAUCUAUACAUAUGCGCCAGCUAAACCCCUUAGAACAAUGAUCGCACAUUUUGGGAAUUUUUUUCUUUAUACCGUAUCUAUUCUCUGACAGUCUAUAUCUGCAUUUCCCAACUUCUUUCGGCUAGCCGUUCCUGCCCCGCAUUCGUCCGCCAAAGGCAUCAUGUCAUCCCCUCGCGAACUCCGCACCCUGCCCGAAUCGCAGCCGCAGCAUAUUACAACAACGCACAUUCGGCAUCAUGCAACUUGGUAUCUCAGAAAGUCUACCUGCUCUAGUGAGCCGACGAUUCUCGGCUGCCAAAGAGGCUGGCCAUCUCCUCUUUUCUCCAACCCAUCUCACAACACUGCAUGCGUCGGGGAUACCAUAUCAACUCCGGUACUGUCCAGCGCUGGCAAAGAAGCCAACUAGCACCCCGAAAAGCGAGAAAGCCUCCCCCGGUCCGAAGUUCGAUCCCUUCGAAAACCCGUCGCCGGAGCUCUUGAUAGCUCAGAUCCCCCGCGAGAACCCAACUCAUUUCUUAGUCCUCAACAAAUUCCCCGUCAUCCCUAACCACUUCAUCCUCGCCACUACGGCCUGGAAGUCUCAGACGGAUAUCCUGGAGAAGGACGAUCUCGCUGCCGCAUACGCAUGUGUCAGAGCAUGGGCGGAGGAGAGCAGCGAUCAGGCGUCCGAGGGGGGCAGGAGGAGGCUGUUCGCAUUCUUCAACUCGGGCGACGAGAGCGGCGCAAGUCAACCCCACCGACACCUGCAAUUCCUGCCCGUCGAAGCAAUGGCGCAGCAGCAGAGCGCCAACGAUGACUGGCGACCGCUAAUCGAUAUCGUCUCCUCGCAACCUGCAGCCUCCGGUCCCAACUUGCGACGAUUGGACCAAGUUCCCUUUGCGCACUUCGUCCUCCCACUGCCGCCGAAUCCCUCGAGUGAAGCUCUCUUUGCAACCUAUCUUUGCCUCUACAAAGCGGCAGUAGCAGCAACCGCCGCAGCCACAAACAGCGGCGACCACCACCGCGCCCAGGAGACGUCGUCGACCGGCCCCGCCGCCAUCAGCUACAACCUCGCCAUGACCGAGUCCACAAUGAUGAUUUGCCCGCGGCGAAGCGAGAGCGCUCACAUCCCCAUCGAACCCGGCGCCCGUGCGGAUGUCGCCGAGGCGGGUGUCGUCGCCCUGAACGGCACCAUCCUGGCGGGAACCCUGAUGGUCAAGGCCGAGGCCGAAUGGAACGAGCUACGCCGCAAUCCGCAGUCGUUAGGCAACGUGCUUUCGACGAUCGGCUUCCCGCAAUCGAACCUACCGGAAGUCUCCUUGCUGUAGUAGCUAGCCCUUUGCCCGAACCUUCCCCCCACGCCCCAAGAGCAAACACCCCCGCAGCACCCACAAUCCCCCGACCUGCCACCAACCCCAGCGAAGACAAGACAUACAUACCAGACAUAUUUUAUCUCGGGAUAUUCCUUUUUAAUCUUUCUUUCUCGGUUGAUAGAU